ACUAACUGGUAUUCUCUGCAGCCACGCGCUUGGCUGCAUGGGGGUACGAAUAGGUUGUUUCCAACACAAACGCGUUAUUUAGCGGCAUCGGGAGCCUGAUAUUGCUAAGGCAUCCAUACCUAAUCACAGUUGUAUUUUAGCGAGCGUUGAACACGAGUGGACCAGCGGCGUCGUCUGCUCCACCAGUCUUCCGCUCGCCCAGUACGCCAUGGCGGGCACGUCGGUUCCGGCGUAGUUCGUCCAAUCGGAAGGCUGAAAGUCAUUCUCACGUGACAUCUGGCUUCUUCUCCCUUGUAUUGCCGGCCGGUCUAUGGACGCGUGAUCCUUUCUUUCUCGAUCACAGACCGUCUUUAAAGAAAAGUGCUGCAGUAGUGCCUCGAAAACUACCGCAUUGGAUACCGUCUGCCCUUAGAAAUAACCCCAGAAGCAAGCCAUGUCGACAGUGACGGAAACCGUGACGCAGGAGCGUCCUGCCUCCAAGCCGUACAAGAUGGAGAUUGUAUGGCGCAAUGUGAUUCUCAUGGGGAGCCUGCAUCUCUUCUCCAUCUAUGGUUUCUACUUGGUUUUCUUCGCCGUGCAGUGGAAGACCGUGCUCGCCGCCUAUAUGCUGUAUACGGUGUCUGGCAUUGGAGUGACAGCCGGUUCCCACCGCCUGUGGUCUCACAAAUCGUAUAAAGCUAAACUGCCCUACCGAAUCAUGGUGAUGAUUUUCCAGACCAUGGCAUUUCAGAAUGAUAUCUUUGACUGGGCAAGAGAUCACAGGAUGCACCACAAGUACUCCGAGACGACUGCUGAUCCACAUGAUGCCACGCGAGGCUUCUUCUUCUCGCACGUUGGCUGGCUUCUUGUGCGCAAGCACCCUGAUGUCCGUAACAAGGGCAAGAACAUCGACAUGAGUGAUCUGUUGGCUGACCCAGUUGUCCGGUUUCAAAGAAGGUACUACUUUCCCCUGAUGCUGUCUCUUUGCUUCAUCCUUCCGGCUGUGUUGCCAUGGUGGCUGUGGGAGGAGACACUGUGGAAUGCCUUCGUUGUCUGCUCUUUGACUCGCUACUGUUUCACCCUCAACAUGACGUGGUUGGUGAACAGCGCCGCACAUAUCUGGGGAAACCGACCAUAUGACCGGCACAUUAGUCCACGGCAAAACCUUGUGACCAUUGUUGGGGCCCAUGGAGAAGGCUUCCACAACUACCAUCAUACAUUUCCCUAUGACUACCGCACCAGUGAGCUGGGCUGCCGAAUCAACACAACCACAUGGUUUAUUGACUUUUUUGCCUGGCUCGGUCAGGUGUACGAUCGCAAGGAGGUGCCCACGAAUGUGGUGGAGCGGCGCAUGGAGCGUACCGGUGAUGGUUCCCGAGGCCUGACUGCAGGCACGCGCAGCUGGUGAUGGGUUGGCUAUGUCAACCACCUGUCUUUCCUGCCUCUUCUGUUUUUCUAUUAUGGGGGUGUGAUCUGACAAGUUAACCACCCUCAGCCCUUUCUGUCAUGUGGGACUUGUUAUUUAUAGUUGAUGUCGCACUGUGAAGAAAUGUCUCUUUGUUUAUUUAAAACUUUCUGUUUGUCAGGAAGUGUAGAUGAAUGCUUCCGCUGUUAGUGUGUUGGAAACCUUCUAUUGGGUGUUCAGUGUCUGUUCUGGACAUCACCUUUUCAGACCCGGUGAGAUUUUGAUCAGCAACACUGUGUCCUUGCAUGUCAAAGCACAACUAAGCUAGGCUGAGUGAAAUAAAACCCUUCUUAGAGUCCACUGUGAUGUAACUGUUCAGUGGUCAUUUUUCCUGUUGUAGUCACCAUGCAUGAAUUUUGCAAACUAUUCGUGUUGCAAAAUUUGUUCUCUAGCUUGCAUUUUUGUCCUUUUGCACUUUAUUAUGGGGUUAUGUUGCAGAAAGCUGAAGAAAAAGGUUUCUGCCAAAGCUCUAAUAUAAAUUGGUGCCAAGCAUUUAUCACAUGUCUUGCUUUUCUUUUUAUGUGUUGUGUGCUGACUAAAUUUUUUAGGCUUGAAGCACUCAGAAUCAUGAAAGCACAUGUAAACAUUAACUGACUGGCUGUGUAAAUCUCAAGGAAUGGGCGGGACACUGUGGGAACAGAAAACAGUAAGAGUGCUUAACUGUACUGCACAUAAUACCCGAUAAAGGUGUUGCAGGAAACGUUCAGUUCCGUGCAGAACUAAGCUCCUCAGCCUGCGGUUAUUGUACACUCUACAUGUUCAAAACUUACUUCAUUCUUUUACUUCUCUUUGUGUACACAGUGGCCAUCAUGUGAUGUAUUAGAUGAAAUCUAGAAGUUUUCAAGUCCUGUGAUAGUUGUACAUUAUUGUUUGAGUUAAUUUCAUGUGCACUUGACUGCCACAUGUUUAGUUUUGCUGUGACUAAUAAGAAACAGCUUGCUAGCAUGCAUUUAAAAAAAGCUUUACAGCAGUUGCUAAAUCAAGGUGUUGAACAAUGCCAGCUUACCCUAGUCAUGUGCUUCAGUGCUUUAAAAUUGACAGCUGAGUAAAAGAAGGGUGAAUUUUAUAGCUAUGAAGAAUGAAACACUGCAAAAACCAUGGUAAGAGGAGUGCUUGCUCUGUGAGCAAGAAUAUUUCAAAAUACCAUAUCAUACAGUCAUCCAUGAAAUGACAAGUUAUGUGACUUCAGCAUGAUUAUAUGUACUGAUUUGGCAGUAGGUGUGCGCAUUAAUGGCAACGAAUACACUGAAUUUUCUUUUGGCACAACUUAGUCAGUCAUUAGUAGAACUAAUCAGGCUUGCGGAAAAGAUCCAGGCACGAUCAAUCACAAAUUCAUCAAGUUAUUUUUUUUUUUGCUAUAAGUCUUGUAUAAGCAUUCCUCUUUUGAAAUAUUGUGUUUUGUUGUUUGUCCCUGCAAACUAGAAGAAAAAACUUAGUUGGUUGGUGGUAAUUCAUAACUGACAAGUUGCGGUGCUAAAACAUCUAGGCUUAUGUCGUGAACCCCGUUCUCUUUGACUUCAUGUUUUUAGCACACUAACUUGUCAAAUGGGCUGCUGUGGUGGCAUGGUAUUAGGCUGAUCGUGAAGUUGCUUAGUUACUCAUUACCUCUUGCUUGAUAUUUUGCAGAAGUCCUUGAGCUAAGGUGCCUGUGUGUUGCACACCUGACUGUAAUUGGCAAAAGCUUUUGUGUUAUGUAAUGCACAAAGAAAAUGUGAAGUAAAAAUCCUCUUCCAAAUGUC